GCAAACGCGACCCCCCCCCCCCCCGGCCCACCCUACUAUUUUAAACCACGCAGCAGGCACCAAACCCCUCGUGUCUCCCUCUCUCUUCCCCUUCCCAUUUCUAUGAUUCUAUCUCAUUAAAACUCCAUUCCCCGCCGCCCCCCCCAAAUUCUCCGACUCCCCCGCUUCCCUCUCUCAUGUGGCCGCCGCCGUGGUUGAGAUCACCAAGACGCGUUAACACCACCUCUGCUUCACUUCCCAACUUCGCCUGCUCCUCCUUCAAAGACGUCCACACCCUCUUCAGAGAAGACGAAGAAGCCGCAGAAUCCUCCGAUCACCGCCCCAAGAAGCUGUCCCUCUUCCGCCGAGUCCGGAUCUCCACCGCCGUCCUCCGCCACUGGUCCACCGCCUCCUUCCGCCUGCCCGGUCCUGAGCCUGACCCGGGUCCCUCCCCGCCGCCGAACUCCGAAAACCGGAUCGUCCUCUACUUCACCAGCCUCCGCGUCGUCCGCAAGACCUUCGAGGACUGCAGGGCCGUCCGAUCCAUCUUGCUCGGCUUCCGCGUCUCAAUCGACGAGCGAGAUCUGUCGAUGGACGCCCGGUUCCUAGACGAGCUGCAGGGGAUCAUGGGGCCCAACAAGAAGUUGACUCUUCCUAGGGUUUUCAUCGGCGGGAGGUACUUCGGUGGCGCCGAGGAGAUUGGACGGCUGCACGAGACGGGCGAGCUGAAGAGGCUCAUCCAAGGGCUGCCGUUGGCGGAGGCGGGCGUGUGCGGUACAUGUGGCGGCCACCGAUUCGUGCUCUGCGAAGAGUGCAGUGGGAGCCACAAGGUGUUCGUGGAGAAGAGCGGGUUCAAGGCCUGCCGGGCUUGCAAUGAGAACGGUCUAAUCAGGUGCCCUUCCUGUGUCUAACCCUUCACAUGUAGAAUGAACACAAACCCAAAAUCUCCCAUUAUUUUUUUUUAAAAAAAUAGGGAAAAUCCAUUUUAAUUUUCAGGGGUCUGCUCAUAUUUGUAUAGAUUUGACCUCGGAUAGAUGGAGAUGGGGAAAAAAAAAUGAAGGAAUUCCAACUUUUUCCCCAAAUGUGAUGUGGGAUUUGAUUUGACCCGUGCUGAUAUAAGAGUGUAGCAAUUUAGAGUUUGGUUUU